CAGUAAUAUCGACCAAAUCAUAGACUAGUUUCUUAUCUACAGUUAUCACGAGCUGAGAAACGUCUUUUUUCUUUUUUCUUUUUUUUUUGCAAAAAUAGACUUUUAUAUUGCAGUAAGCUAUAAAAGCCCUUUUCAUCGUAUUCAGCUUGUUUACAGCAAGUUUUAAUUUUUUCCGUUUAUAGACUGACAUUUGUAACCACAGAUGAUGAACGAGGGGCCCAAUCUAGCAGAAAUUGCAGCUAAUUCGGGAGAAUUCAAGUUCACUUUUCCUAUUUUGGAAAGUCAUUUAAAUCACAGGAACUUCUUGCACUCCACAUUUUUUUAGUCAAGGCUUUUUAAACAAUUUUUAUAAUUCUCCACUUUUUUCCCUUAAACUCUCUCCUCUUUCCCUUCUUUCUCUCCCUCUCUCUCACUUGGGCUGUCAUUGAGCCUCUCAUUUACGCUAUUACUAAUCAAACCAUGACAGCAGUGACAAAGAAAAAUUAUCCAUUCUACUUUGGUGGUGCAGCAUCCUGCGUGGCUGCUGUUGUCGUCCACCCGUUUGAUUUGACAAAAGUUCGACUUCAAAACACAAAAGGAAAUGCCCGACAUGGCAUGUUCACCACAAUGCUGAAGAUUGCCAACAAUGAAGGCUUUUUCAGGCUUUAUGCUGGUCUGUCAGCUUCUAUUCUGCGACAAGCCACUUACUCAACCGUCAGAUUCGGUGUUUAUGAAAAGUUGAAAGAUUUCAUUUCUAAAGGCUCGAAUAAAAAGGCAAAUGUGGGAGAACUUCUGAUUUGCUCGAGUAUUGCCGGUGCAUUGGGAGGCGCAUGUGGUAAUCCAGGAGAUGUCAUUAAUGUUCGUAUGCAGAACGAUGGACAACUGCCACCUCAACAAAGACGCAAUUAUAAACAUGCCAUUGACGGUAUCAUUCGUAUUACUAAAGAAGAAGGUACUUCCGCGUUGUUUCGUGGUGUUGGCCCAAACAUUAACAGAGCCAUCUUGAUGACUUCGUCACAAUGUGUCUCAUAUGAUAUAUUCAAGUCUCUUUUCCUGAAUCACACUUCUCUAAAAGAUGGUAUUUUCCUUCAUUUAACAUCAAGUGUGCUUGCAGGCUUAGUGGCAACGACAGUCUGCUCUCCUGUCGACGUUAUCAAAACUCGAAUCAUGUCUGCUAGCACGAACGAUCAUAGAAUGUCAGCCACUGCAAUUACAAAGCAAAUGUUCAAGACCGAAGGCAUAGCCUCAUUUUUCAAAGGAUGGACACCUGCCUUUAUCCGUUUAGGCCCUCAAACCAUUAUUACUUUUGUCGUGUUGGAACAGUUCAAAUCAUGGUAUGAUAUUCUUCAGGAUAAGAAACAAUCAAAGAAUAACAGCAACACGGCAACAACUACAUCUCUUACUACCUCUAAAGCAACCAGCAAGGUCGCUGCUGCUCAUUAAUAACCUUUUGUUUUUUCUUUUUCUGGAAGCAUACAUAUUAUUCAACAUUUUCCCGACCUUGCCCGUCUCUUCUUUGUAUAUUCUACCGAGC